GAGGUGAAAUGAACAUUUCGGUUGACUGUGCUUAAAAAACUGCAAGUCCCACAAUGCACCACUAGCAGGCCAGUGCAGCCUGCUCAUUAUUUUAAGUGGGAGCACCUGAGAAGGAAAGGAGGUCUCAGUAAACACUCCAGCAAACAUUUCAGCAGAGAGAGAGACACACGAAAAGGAUCUACUCGUGGUGCAACCAAAGAAGCCACUGGUUUUCAACCUAAAUGAGCCAACCAGUAAAAGAAAUAAAAAUCAUUCUGAGUUGGAACGAGUUGUCCCGUGCGUCCUUUGGGAUUAAUGCACCAGGCCGUUUUCAAGUUGGGCCAGAGAGUAGUCAGAAAACACCUGAGAACUUGACAGUUGAAAACCAAGCGAAGCAGCCUGGACUGAGGAUAAACGGCUUCAGACAUCCAGAGACAAGCUGUUGACGCAGAGGGAAUCAAGAUGGCAGAAGACGCGCUGGGGAAGACGGUCAAGGAGCUCAAAAGAGAGAGGACCACUGCAAAAAGCAGCUUCACCAGACAGGCCAACUUCAUUUCCAGAGGGGUAAGCAGCAUGCUUGAAGCAGAGUUAAAGGAGGAGUUCAUUAAACUCUCACACUGUUUUAGACAACUGCUUGAUGCCAAUGAUGACUGCAGGAUUGGACUACUGGCUGACAUUAAAAAGCCAGAGGAGGAGGAGGAAGAAGAAGUAGUGCUUGAAAAGCAGCAAGAGCGUGACAUUAAGAGGACAGAAAAUGAAGCUGAAACUAAAUUUGAAGAAGUAAAAGAUACUGUCCAGACGAACCUGUGGUCAAGGUAUGGAAAAAAUGAACUCGAAAUGGCAAUCUUAGAAGCAGAAAAUGCCUUUGAUCAAGCAAAUGGUGUAGUUGUGGAAAGUACUAAUGUGGAGUGCUAUGAAGUGCACCUGACCCUCUUACUGAAGCGGCUAAAGGAGCUCACUCCUGUGAUGUCAGCUUGGGAGCGAUGGAUCCCUGCGUUAUCAAAGGAUGAGCUAGACAACAGAGUCAAGAAUCUGAGAACGGCUAGCAACAGGCUUGAACAUAGAAAAGCUGAAUUCGUCACUGCACGUAGAAUUGCAGAACAAACACUAGCCGCAGAAGCUUCAGGAGCUGGGAGGGGGAGAGCACUGCCCACACCAGCCACACCAAUUGUGAAGAUCAAGCCAACCACUCUGCCCAUCUUCAAUGGAUGCAAAAGAGAAUACCACAGAUGGAGGAAAGACUGGGAGAGCCUACAAAGGCAAGGAGAGCCAACUGGAUCACCUGAAGUCAAGAAAAUUCAGCUCCUGGGUAGUGUGGAGGACAAGAUUUCAAAGAACCUCAGACUUUCAACCUACAACACUGCUGAGGAUAUAUUCCGAGUCAUGGAGAACAGGUAUGGAAACAAGUCAACCAUCGCAAUAGAAAUCCUUGAGGAGCUGGAGAAGAUGCCACAUGUGAGGGGGAACCAGCCAAGGAAAGUCAUUGACCUCAUACAGUCUGUGGAGAGGGCCCUAGCAGAUCUCACAGAGCUGGGAAACUCCGGAGCCAUGAAUAACCCACUGGUAAUAAAAUCUAUUGAGAGUAAGUUACCUGACUUUAUAUUAAGAGACUGGUUAAAGUUUAUGGUCGACCCGGCAAAUGAUGUCACUUCAGACAACCACUUUGGCAUGCUCUUAAAAUUCCUAAAAAACCAGGAAGAAAUCCUAGAGAGGCUUGAACAGCUAAGGACUGUGGAGAAGAUGGAGAAAUCAGACCAUCCAGAAAAUAGAUAUGAGCGAAAAUAUGCUUCAACAAGAACCACAGAGAAAGGAGAGCUGGAGGAUGUGUGUGGUGUGUGUGGUGAUAGUGGACACAAAAACAAAAUCUUCUUCUGUAGGAAGUUUAAAUGGCUGAAGCUACCUGAAAAGAGAUCUGUCUUAGAAAAGCUGGGAGCGUGCAUAAAAUGUCUUGGAUGCCAUGAUGACGAUGGAUAUUGCAGAGAUACCUUCCUAUGCAGAAAUAAAGACUGUAAAGAGGGAGGAGGCACCCCAGACCACCAUUACUUUCUCUGCCCAAAAGGAGAACUAAAAAUGGGUGAGGAACAGAGUGGAAAAGGCAGCAGAGGUAAAAGCAAGCUAACAGAAGAACAAGAGGAGUUCUUGUCUGAACUUUCCCCAGAACUAGCAGAACAGUGCAAAAAGGCUUUCACCAGCAAAACCGCAGUUACCAGCAAUGCUAAAGACCAGUCAGAGCUUUUAGAGAAAAAGGGGCUGUCUGAACUUCCUGUCAUCAUGAUGCUGAUGAAGGUCACUGCAAAUGCAGGGCAGAAGAUUGGGACUCUGGUUGACCUUGGAUCUGACACUAACUACAUUACCCAUAAGGCUGCUGACAGGCUGAGGUUACAAAGUGAGAAGAUAACCUUAGUUGUGCACGGGGUUGGUGGAAUGACCAUGAAGGUGAACACUAAAAGAUAUGUGCUCAAAGUCAGAGUCAAAACUCCUCGAGGAACAGAGAGGGCACAUGAACUUGUCUGCUACGGCCUGGAUGAAAUUGCCAAAGUGCACAAAGUGAUUGAACCUAGGAAGUUGCAGAAAUUCUUCCCAGAGGUCGAGCUUGAGGAAUUGAGAAGGCCAAAAGAAGUUGAACUCCUCAUUAGCCACCGAGAGGGAAGACUCGCUCCGCAGAGGCUGAGAGUUGUAGGAGAUCUUGUCUUGUGGGAAAGUCCAUUGGGUAAGACAGUGGGCGGAGCACACCCCGACUUGUUUGAGGAAGUAAAAGUGGCAGCACACGAGUCCAAAACACACUUUGCUCGCUCCAUGAGGACAGCUGCUGUCAAGUAUGAGGAAAUCCUCAGGAGUUCAACAACUGAGGCAUCCCAGUUACAACAGAGGUGGAAAGGACCAGAGUGGUACGUAAGCCGUCUGGUGGCACCAAACCGUCAUUCAACUCAAUCUGCAGGUGAAGCAGGGAAAAAGAAGAUGAGUGAUGGCAAGGAUUUUCUCAAACAGGAGGUGAGACCAGGGACGCCUAACCCGCUGACUAUUAGGGGACUCCUAAGCCAAGUAGCUGGACUGUACGACCCAGUUGGCUUAGUUACACCUGCCAAACAGAAAGGGGCAAUCCUUUUCAGGAAAGCGUUCAAGGAAGGUAGAGGCGGUAAGCUGACCACGUGGCAGAAUGGACCAGACCUCCUGAAGUGGCCAGUAGACAAGUGGCCUAAAAAGUCUGCUGGAGAGGUUGCAGCUAAUGCCAGGGAGAGUGUAAACAAACUCCAGAGGAAGGCAUGCACAGCUGUAGUGACAAGAGCUCAAGCAAAAAUUGUCCAGAAAAUUGUCCCGCAGACCCGUCAGGAGAGCCUAAGAGAUGAAAUUCCAGAGGAAAGAACUGCAUCAAACCCAAGUCCUCCUCUUCCAAAAAGGAAACCUGCUGGCUGGGUAAUCAAAAAUCUUCUGGAAGUGAGGAACUUCAGUAGGUUGUCCAAACUGGUCAAGGUCAUCGGCUGGGUGGGGCGAGCUGCACAUAGGUGGCGCGAGAAGAAGGGCCAGACCAGAGGUCAGUCAAAGUGGGAGGCAAUGCCACUCAAGAAAAGGACCAAGGGAGUGGCUGGGACCCUUCUCAAAAUGAGGAAAAAAGCCUGGGUGAGUGAAUUCACAACCAUGGACCUGUUCGGCCCUUAUGAAGUGAAGAAAAAAGUGAGACGCAAAGUGUGGGGAAUUGUGUUAUGUUGCAUGGCCUCCAGAGCCAUACACACUGAUGUGGUGAGUGACCAGUCAUCAGAAGGAUUCCCGCUGGCAUACUAGAGGUUCACUUCACCUAGGGGACUCACUCAGGAAACUGUGUUCAGACCCUGGCACUAACUUUGUUGGGGCCAAGCCAUGUCUGGACCAAGUGAACAAGUCUGAGGCUUGAGAGACUGGUGUGACCUCCCUGGGUUUGAAAAACCAGGAGCUCAAGUGGGAGGUGUUGAGGUGAAAUGAACAUUUCGGUUGACUGUGCUUAAAAAACUGCAAGUCCCACAAUGCACCACUAGCAGGCCAGUGCAGCCUGCUCAUUAUUUUAAGUGGGAGCACCUGAGAAGGAAAGGAGGUCU